CUUAAAUGUGUAACCGGGCUAUUCACCUCAGCCACCCAAUGUGGUGGUGAAUAUAAACACCAGCAGGGCCUUGUGGGGCCGAACGGCCUGGUCCUCUCCGACUUACCCUGCGAAUUCCAUGCUCUCACUGCUCUCUGUGCAAAGAGAUGACGAGGGGAGGAGAGACGGAAGCAUGUCACAAGACUGCUAUAAAAGGUACAAGGGCGAUAUUUCAAGAUGACGACCCAACCGAUGGACAUCAUGGGCCAGUGGAAGAUAACUGUCUGGGAAGAGCAAAACUUCCAGGGAAAACAUUGUGAGUUUAUGCUGGAAUGUCCUAACAUCAUGGAGCGAGGAUUCAACAAGAUACGAUCCAUUAAGGUAGAAUGUGGACCGUGGGUGGGAUUCGAGUAUCCAGAAUUCCAGGGGCAGCAGUUCAUUCUGGAGAAAGGUGACUAUCCACACUGGGAUGCCUGGAGUGGAAACAGUGGCUACAGAACAGAGCACAUGCUCUCCUUCCGCCCCAUCAAGUGUGCCAAUCACAGUGACAGCAAGAUCACGCUUUAUGAGAAUGAGAACUUCCAGGGCCAUAAAUUUGAGUUGUGUGAUGACUACCCCUCUCUACAGGCCAUGGGCUGGUGUAAUAAAGAGGUUGCUUCCAUCAAGGUGAACUCUGGAGCGUGGGUUGGCUACCAGUAUCCAGGUUACAGAGGCUACCAGUACAUCUUUGAGAGAGACAGGCACAACGGCGAGUUCAAGAACUACAAUGAAUACAGCACCCAGGCCCAUACCAACCAGCUGCAGUCUAUCCGCCGAAUCCAGCACUGAGCAAUGGGCUGUUCAGCUUUCUCCUUUCCAACCUGUAUUAAGAA